UUAGCAACUUGAUCAGUCUUUGGCUGUAACAAUCAUCGAUUGUAAUUCGAUUUUUCUCAGAAUUACCGCUCUUCUGCUAUUAACCAGGGAAUGACCCCAUCAUUCGUGUAUUUGGGUGUCUCUAAAUGACCGUUCGAUGAAAUGUCUACAACCUGUUCGAUGAAAUGUCUGAAAGAAAGAAAAUCUUUACAGCAGGUCCUGAGGAUAUCCAGUUUUUCACUGAAUUGUACGGGUUUUCAUUUGGGUACGUCUUGUAGACUUAUGGGUAGUUUGGUUGAACUGGUGGGUUUUGGGACAGAAAAUCUGAAAGCAUAGAUGCAAAUGCAGACAGAUUAAUGUGUCCAGGAGUGAUUUUAUUCCUUUGCGACGUGAUUCUAAUCUAGAGCCAGAAAGAAAGUGGGUUGGUGGUAUGGUGAUGAGAAACAAAGAAAUCAUCAAAUGGCCGAAGCAAGUGACCUCAUCUCUAGUUGAGCAACUGAUAAAAUCUGAAAGGAAUGUAGAAAAAGCUGUUAUUGUAUUUGAUUCUGCAACAGCGGAGUAUGCUAACGGCUUCCGGCAUGACCACAAGACUUAUGGGCUCAUUGUCUCUAAGUUAUUAUCCGUGAAUCAAUUUAGAAGAGCAGAGGAUUUUGUUGAUAGAAUGAGAAAAGAGGACUGUAGAGUUACCGAAGAAAUACUUUUGUCGAUAUGCAGAGCCUACGGACGGGUUCAUAAGCCUCAUGAUGUGAUGAGGAUUUUCCAAAAGAUGAAGGAAUAUGAAUGUGAACCCACAUUAAAAGCUUAUGUUACAGUCUUUUCCAUCCUUGUUGAUGAAAACCAAUUAAAGGUGGCUUUGAGGUUUUACAGGUAUAUGAGACAAUUGGGUUUUCCUCCAAAUGUUGCUUCACUUAAUGUCUUGAUUAAAGCUCUUUCCAAGAAUAGUGGAACCAUGGAUUCAGCAAUUCGGAUCUUUCGGGAGAUGCCUAACCACGGGUGUAUCCCAGAUAUGUAUACAUAUGGCACUCUAAUCAACGGGUUGUGUAAAAUAGGGAAGAUUAAUGAAGCCAAGGAGCUUCUAAAGGAGAUGGAGAUGAAAGAUUGUUCACCAAGUGUUGUCACCUAUACUUGUUUAAUUCAUGGGUUAUGCCAGUUGAAUGAUUUGGAUGAAGCUAUGGCCUUUCUUCAAGAAAUGGAGGCUAAAAAGAUUAUUCCAAAUGUGUAUACCUACAGUUCUCUUAUAAAUGGCCUAUGCAAGAAUGGGCGUAGUUCUGAGGCCAUGGAACUCUUGGAGGUGAUGGUUGGCAAACGUCAUAACCCGAAUAUGGUAACUUACAGCACCUUACUUCAUGGACUAUGUAAAGAGAAAAAGCUUCGAGAUGCUUUGGAGAUAUUUGAUAGGAUGAAGCUUCAAGAUUUAAAACCUGAUGCGGGUUUGUAUUGGAAAAUCAUUGUAGUCUUUUGUGAUGCUCAGAAAUUCCAAGAAGCUGCAAACUUUCUUGAUGAAAUGGUUUUUGAGGGAAUUCCCAUCAAGCGAGUAACUUGGAGUCUUCAUGUUAAGAUCCACAAUACUGUGGUUCGAGGUCUUUGUAGUGCGAAUGAUUCAAAUCGAGCGUUUCAUUUAUACCAUAGUAUGCGCACUAAGGGAAUUUCUGUUGAGGCCGAAACUUUUGAAUCACUUGUUACUCUUUUUUGCAAGAAACACGAUCUUUAUAAGAUGGUGCGCGUUUUAGAUGAGAUGGUCAUUGAUGGAUGCAGUCUGAGUGAAGAUACAUGGGGUGAUUUGGUUUGUAGAGUUUGGGGGAAACAAAAGGCGGAAGAAGCUGCUGAUUUGAUGAGUGAACUUGUUCUGUUUGGAAAUCAGCUCUGAUAAACGUCAUCUAUCGGUAAAUCCAAUCAUCUGUCCUUUUUUUGUUCAUCAUUUUAUAGAUUUUGAAAAUGAUUGUCUAAUAAGCAUGUAUGCACACACUCUCACAGGUUAAUCUGAAUGUUUAUUAUGUAUGAUAUACAUCAUAACAUCAUCACUCUCUCUGUCUUGUGAAAGCUUUCUGAUUUUGA